UGCGCUGACGCGUCCAGUGCACGUGUUGUGCUCCAAUCAGCCGUACAAUGUUUGUAAACAAGUAAUUGCCAUUGUUGAGAAAUACCAAAACAAGUCCUGCGCACACGGCGCCUGCAAGCGGCAACAAGUUGUUGGAAAUUUCCCAAUUCCAGGAAUUUCGCUGAAACUCAACACAACCUUUGGAGCUUUCAACACAGUCUCAAGGCUUUUUAAGCUACCAGCAUUUUCGUGGACUUGAAAUUUUAUCAGUUGCUGUGCAGACCUGGAGUUGUAAAGACAUCAAAACGGAAAAACCAAACUGUGUAAAAUUUUUUCUAUAUAUACACCAAUACAUACAUACAUAUUUAUAUAUAUCAAAAAGGCAUAUUAGGUUAAUGCUGAAGACUGAAAAAUAUUCUGCAAGUAAUUUAAAGCCGUAGCAAAUUAAUAGAUCCUUGGAGAAAAAGUGUAUAAAUUCGUCGAGUAAAAAUAGUAAAAAAGAAAAUUACAUCUGUAUGUGUUAAAUUAAUUGAGUAAUUAAAAGAAGAAGCGUAAUUAUGUCGUGUAUGUGUGCUUUUCAUUAAGUGAAAGUAAUUUUUCAUAAAGUGAUUUGUGGCAGAACUUUGAAAAUGGUGCCAUUUUGGCUUGAAAACUCCGUGGAACCCGAAAACUCGCUAAAACAUAUAAAAUCGAAUAGCCACACUUAAAUCAACAAAAAGAUAUUAAGCUCAAUCUUUGCAGCCUGAGCAGGUGCAUCCAUUGCUUACGGUCACACCAGGCUAUCAAUUUUGAAGACAAGAAGUUUUAAGUAAAAACGUAUAAAAUGGCUGAACAACAGAAACUGUCGCUAUGUCCACGUUUGGUAGACUACAUGGCUAUUGUGGGUGCACGCACUACUCCGCCCAUGCCGAAAGGAUUGACCGGCAAUAAAACGCCACCCGUGCAGAUACCGGAAUUGUUGCGUCGCUAUCCGCCCUCCGAUCACAGUGACUUUCCACUCCCCCUCGACAUGGUAUAUUUCUGUCAGCCCGAAGGUUGCACCAGUGUAGGACCGCGUCGCACAGGCUCAGCAAUACGUGAUAUGACGUCAUUUGUAUUUGCGCUUACCGAUAAAGAUUCCGGCAAGACCCGUUAUGGCAUCUGUGUUAAUUUUUAUCGGCCAAUUGAACGACAUACCGCGAAUGCGGAUCGAGGAGCUGUGAGCGGCAACCACGGUGCUGCUGGACUGGGACAAAGCACAAGAGGUCGUCGGAGCUCCGCUUUCCGACGUGAGUCCUGGCGUAAGAGUAUGGAGCGUAGCUCGGACUCAGCAUUUAGUAGGCAAGUUAAUUGUACAUAUAUUCUAGCAUGCACAUACUCAUCAUAAACACGAACACAUCGUCAUUACAUCAUUAGAACACAUGAUGCUAAACGACGUAUUUCUUGUAAUAGUUACGGCCUCUUAACUUCUUCUAGCGACUACAGAAGUAACGUCGCUCCAAGUGAUUCGGAUCGUGAAAUGACAUCACGACGUGAUUCGGAUCCGCCGAAUCAGCAUCAUUCAGCGCAUGGCGCGCACGGACAAAUGUCACAACAACAGCAGCAAAGUCAUUCACAGCAAGUGCCCAAACUGGGUUUGAUGGCGCCAUCUGCGGACUCGGAGUCGGGCGGCAGCCAUUCGCCGUCGCCACGUGCCUUACGUAAGCGCACGAAGCUACGCAAUCAAUCGCUCACCUCGCUAUGCAUCAUCUCGCAUCAUCCGUUCUUCUCGACAUUUCGAGAGUGUUUAUUCAUACUGAAGAAGCUGAUCGAUGCCUGCAAUGAGUCGUCAUCGCCCAAACGUUUGGGCGCUUCACAAAAGCAAAAUCGUGACAAUGUGUGGACGGUGCUCACUGGUCAUGCCAGCGCCGAAGCUACCUCGUCCAUAGUGUUGCACGAUGUACGCGAGAUUGAAACGUGGAUCUUGCGUUUGCUCUCCACACCUGUACCUGUACCGGGCUCAACACGAGUUGAGGUUGAGGUGCUCUCACCCACCGUGCAUGAGCCGCUGCUCUUUGCAUUACCAGAUCAUACACGUUUCUCGCUUGUCGACUUUCCGCUGCAUUUGCCGCUAGAGUUGCUCGGCGUUGAGACGUGUCUGAAGGUCUGGACCUUGAUCAUGCUGGAAAAUAAAGUGCUGUUUCAGUCACGUGAUUAUAAUGCGCUUUCCAUGUCGGUAAUGGCAUUCGUCACAAUGCUCUAUCCAUUAGAGUAUAUGUUCCCGGUGAUACCGUUACUGCCGACAUGUUUGAGUUGCGCCGAACAAUUGUUGCUGGCACCAACACCAUUCGUGAUUGGUGUGCCGGCAACAUUUCUUAUGUACAAAAAGAAUUUCCGCUUGCCGGAUGACAUCUGGGUUGUGGACUUGGAUUCAACAAAGUUAUCACCGCCAACUGGCGGUUAUGAAGAGAUACCAGCUCUGCCAGAGCCUGAAGGCACCAUACUCAAAAAUCACCUGAAACAAGCUAUGCAACUUAUGGAUGAAGCUGGACUCGGUGUAAAUAUCUUUUCUUUGUCAUCUAACACACAGGCCAUUUCAGCACAACAGCUGUUGCCGUCGGUGCGUGACAGUCUCACAGAGCCAACUUUACUGGGGGUCUCGCAAGUUCGCUUGCCGCUCCAAUCGCCCACACAGUCUGCGUACGCAAGUCAACGCAGCUCGAUGUCGGCGCAAGGUUCGCAUUCACGGCAGCCGAGUCCAAUGAAUUCACCCGCUUUGAAUCCAUUCAUUUAUGGCACUGAUGUUGACUCCGUAGACGUCGCCACGCGCGUUGCAAUGGUACGGUUUUUCAACGCGCAAAAUACUCUCGCUAACUUUGCCGAGCAUACUCGUACAUUGCGUCUUUAUCCACGACCAGUGGUCGCCUUCCAAAUCAACAGUUUCCUACGUUCACGUCCACGUGCAACACAGUUCCUUAAUCAGUUUGCACGCACACAAGCUGUAGAGUUCCUCGCAGAGUGGUCAUUGACACCCACUAAUGUUGCCUUCUUACGGGUACAAACUGGCGUAAUGGAUCCAGGUCAGGUUGGCGAUAAGCCCAAAUGGUUUGCACACCAACUUACGCCCAUACGGUUUUCUGUCUGGGACGAUGGUAGCUCACUAAAUGGCGCACUACGUUCAUUGAAACAGUUGGAAUGUCAGCCAACUGAUGAAAGCGGUUCCGACUCGGAAGGCGCAGAGAGUUCAAGUUCCUCUUAUUCCUCGCUUAGUGAUUUUGUUUCGGAAAUGGUAUCAUCAGAUUUGUCGCCGAGUAUACAUGAUGUUUUCGGUGCACAUAAUCGACCGCAUAAUGUGCCGCAAACACUUUCAUCAAAUCUAGAUCCCGCUUUAGUUUACCAUCCACCUAGAACAUUGCAGUAUCCAGAAAGCAUGUCGAAGAAAAUCGAGAUUAGCGAAGAUGAAGAAGCUCAACGCGCUGAAUCGCCAAUUUCAUCCUCAUCCAGUCGUUCCGAUCUAAGUUCGCCAGAGCGUCAUGCUGGCGAAGCAGAUCACACCGGCGUUGACAAAAAGCGUCCGCCUCCAAUAACACCACCUGUGUCCAAUAUUCUUGCGCGCACCGGCAGCUCUGGUUCAAGCUCGAGUAGUCCUGGCAGACAGGGUUCACAAGGUUCACUUUUUGAAAAUUUCGCUUCGCACGCAAAGGAGCUGGUGCGCGAAACAACGCGCCAGAGCAGUCAAGAGGGUCUUUUAGCUCAAGUGGACAAACAACAUUCAAUGGAAGGUAGUAUACCCGAAGAGUUAGACGAAAAAGUGCGACACACUUUUGAAAAGUUUACCUUGCACGCCAAGAAAGCUGCUGGCGAAGCAUCGAAACAAGCUCUAGAAGUCUCCAAGCAGGCCGCGGGCGUGAGUAAGCACACCUUCGAUGAUCUAACCUACGUCAGCAAGUCAACGAUUGGUGAUUUAACGAAGACAGCCAAAGAAGCUGCCACCAAGAAGGGCAUAAUAAAAGUGGAUGAUCAACCACACUUAGUGGGACAACAACAAAUCGCUACACAAAAACAAAUGCAGAGUUCCGGUGGCAAUUUCUUUUCAUCCAUUGGCACUGAUUUCAAUGGACUGGCCUCAUCGACAUCUACCAUGUUUUCCGGCAUGUUCGGUGGCAAGAAAAAUCAGCAAAAGCAGCAACAACCACCGCACCCACAAUAUAGCAGCGGCAGUUUGCAGCAAAAAGCCAAGUCAGGCAUCAAUUUCGAUCCCUUUCCCAGUCGCAAAGGUCUGGUGGAACGCACACCACUUAUCAAACAUUCCGGUCCGGGGCAGACGCAGGAAGACAUAACGCGCCAACAAAAUCAGGAGCGUUCACACAGUAAUACGGAAAAUCAGGCUUUCCUGAAGGAUGUCACCACGCAGGUUUUGGCCGGCGAAGGAGUUGGCUGGUUGAAGAUGAAUCGUUUCAAGAAACUCAUGGAAGAUGAGUCCUAUCGCACGCUGGUGCUGAGUAAACUCAAUAAGACGCUGGACAAGAAAAUCAUGCCUGAUGAUCAUAUAGACGAUGUGUGCGUGCCCAAACCGGUUUGGAAAGGUAUGCUGAAGUGCUUGCAGGCGGUGACUGCUGGGUUUGAGGUGUCUUUUUCGAACUUCGGCCUUGGCGGCAUGGCUUCGAUAUUUCAAAUGAUGGAAAUCGCACACACACAUUACUGGAGCAAGGAGCUGAAUGAAACUACCGACAUGUCUUCAAGUUUGUUAUCCAGUCAUGCGACAAGUCCUAUGGGCAGUCGUGAGAAUUUGCGUUCACCCUCCAGUCCCAUGGAUUCGCAUUCCGGUUUGGGCAGUGAGUGGGCUUCACCACAAGAGUCACGGAAAGGUUCCUCGCAAAUUGAUCGUGCCGGUCCAAUGAUUAAUACAGCUGCAACCUCGGCGGCGGCCAGGCGUAUGUCAUCUGCCGACAGUCAGGACGGACAGUCGACAACGGAAAUGUUUAAGGAUAUGUUGGUGCAGAAACGCACAGCGCUGUUGAGCAAACUCACAUCGUUUGACUCAGACGGUGCCGGUUCCACAGGUGCUCUAUCGGUUGUUAGUGAUCUACUGCCAGGCGGUAGUUUGAAUGUACGUAUGCCCGCUAGUUGUCGUUCAACGGUAUCCGAUACCGAAUAUGAAAAUACUACAACCUCGAAGGAUUCGAAACGAAGCUCUGGCAACAUUUGGUCGGGCAAAUCCACGCUCAGCGCCGGUUUUCGUUAUACAGGCGGACAUCUAAUCAAUACAUCUUCCUCGCCAUCGCCGGAUAGCCCAAGAGUCUACCUAUUCGAAGGUUUAAUUGGGAGAGACCGUUCGAAUUUGUGGAACCAAAUGCAAUUCUGGGAGGAUGCUUUUUUGGAUGCAGUAAGCCAAGAGCGUGAUAUGAUUGGCAUGGAUCAGGGACCCAUCGAAAUGAUGGAACGCUAUAAAUCGUUGAGCGAUGAGGAACGGAAACGCUUGGAGCACGACGAAGAUCGGCUGCUCUCAACAAUGCUGUACAAUCUCACCGCCAUACUUGUAAUGCUUGGCGUGAACAAAGAGGAGAUACGACGCAAAAUCCGACGCCUCUUGGGCAAAAGUCACAUUGGUUUGGUUUAUUCCACCGAAGUGCAUAAUGUCGUCGACCAAAUAAAUAAUCUCAAUGGCAAUGACAUCGAUCUGAAACCGCUCGGUUCGAGACUGCUGCAUCGGCAGAGUUUCACCGUGCAUCCCGGUUCGGAUAAUAGCGGACCACUGCUCUUUAUGGAAGUGCGCGACGACGGACUGGUGGUGCGCUCUGUCGACGGCACAAUUGUGGAACGUUGGUUCUACGAGCGUCUGGUCAACAUGACGUAUUCACCAAAAACUAAAGUGCUCUGCCUCUGGCGCCGCAAUGGCGGACAGAUACAGCUCAAUCGCUUCUAUACGCGCAAGUGCAGAGAAUUGUAUAACUCUAUCAAGGAGUCCAUGGAACGCAGCGGUACGCCGAAGAAUGUGCCGGAGUUGGGCGGUGAGUUUCCGGUACAGGAUAUGAAUACCGGCGAGGGUGGCCUUUUGCAGGUGUGCUUAGAGGGUGUUGGUUUGUUGUUUGCCAACAGCAAGUUUUUCGUGCGGCUGGAUCACAUACGAAAGUGCUUCACGCAGAUGGGCGGCAUUUUCGUGCUGGAAGAGUACAAUCCUAAAACACGGCAUCUUAUUCAACGAAAGUAUAAAUCAACUUUGGCGGACCAGAUUUGCUAUGCGGUCUUGUGCGUUUUCUCUUAUGUCGCCGCCGGGCAGGAGCAGAAGAAGAAUCCCGUUGUUAUCACGCCUCAAAUACAGGACAUACACGCACAGCAGAAACAACAGCACGCACAACAGCAAAAGCAAUUACAACAACAACAACACCAACAGCAGCAGCAGCAACCGCAUCCGAGCAGCAGCGGCGCUACCAGUCCACGCGCCUCGAUGGCCAAGCAAACAGCAGUGGCAACAACAACGCCCAGCAACAAGUCGCCAUCAUUGGCAACAACACAUCUGCCACCACAACAGGGCACUGGUAAGAAUGCUACAAUCACCAUACGUCACACGAUGCCAAUGCAAAAGCCGACGGUGACAACGGCCACGGUGCAGCCACAGGCGAAGCUGCCGCAUGCCGCAUACGCCUCGCCAGCCACAAUCACCGCUGCGCCCAUGCAAACAGCAAGCGCGACAGGCAGCACAAUGCAACAACAACAUCACCCACAAUCGAACUAUCCACAAGUGUCACCCGUUUCUCCAUUACAACAACAUGCACAUCAAUAUGCACAACAACACCAACCAACGCCACCAACUCAGCAUGUGCCCAGCCACAGUCCAGUUAGCCGCACCAGCAGCAGUGGCAGCACAACUGGCCCCUUACCGCAAUUGCCGCCGCGCGUACCCUCACAAACCUCCACCGAGAGUCAGCACUCCUCACCACCAAUUGGCAAAACGCGCGGCUUACCUGCUGGACCGCCACCAGCCAUACCGCCACGCAGCGGCGCCAUGGCACGCGCUGGUUCCUUGCAAGUACAUUCCUCCGCAGCGGCGGCGGCAACGUCCUCAGCCGCUAGCAACGCUUUAACGGGCGCACGUAACUUUGUACGCCAAAUUUCAGCAAGUUCCACGCCACCACAGUACACACCGCAGGCACCGCCGCCCUUCGUAAUACCCAAGCGGCGCACCUCGUUGUCGCGCGCCUCCUCGGUUGCGUGUACGGGUGCGGCAGGUGCAACCCCAACGGGUUCAGUGGGCGCUAUGGGCGGUCAACGACCCUCAUAUGGCAGUGUGAACAUGGGCAUGUCCCAGCAACAGCAACCGCAGCAUACUUCUUACCAGCCACAACAUGGUGAGCAGCAACAAUCGCCAGGUGCCAGCGGCGCCAACAAACACUGACGAAGGAGCUCCUUCUUUCGUUUUAGCGGCAGCAGCGGUGGCGGUGGUGGUCAUGCGGGCGUUGAACCACAACCACGUGAGGUCUGCCGCACCAUUUGUAUGCCAUGGCUCUGAAAAAGUGACACAGAACGGGUAACAAACGCCAGCAAGCGUUGGCUGCUAAACUUUUCCGCUACAUAGAUGAGCUUUAUUAUUGGCAUACACAAAUCGAUGCAGCUACCCUGCAGGAAAAUAUCACUAGCUAAUGGUUUUUUCGUGAAUUACGAGAGACAAGUUUCGAAUUAAGUUAAAAGUUCAAAAAGUUUUCAAAUUUUUACACGAAUUAUUCGACUAGUACAUUAUAAAGCGUGUCUGACUAGAUGCAGAAAUUAACAGAAAUAUCGCUAUAUAGGCGCUUAUAUAGUGUGGUUUUGAAAAAAGUCGUUUUUAGCUAUUUUUAAACUAUAUAUAAACCUUUCCAAAUAAAAGAAAAACUUAUAGCAAGGCGUAGAUUCUAGGCAAUCGACAAACUCUUGGAAAUAUAUCUACUAGUUUAUCUUUAAAGAGUUCUGCAUAUGUGACAUAAGUCUCUAAAAUCUGAUUCCUAAAAUUGUGGUCGACAAGAUUUCAUGUUUAAUCUAGUACUAUAUAAAGAAUUCUGUGAAAAGUAGAUUGCUGUAAAAUUUCUCGUAGCUACCGAGCAACAAUUCCCA